CUAAUACGAGAUACCUGGUCCCUUCAUAGUCGGCACGGUGUGUACUUGCAUCUAUAUUUCUUACAUCUAAAAGAACCUUUGGCUUCGGGAACGAAGGUAACAAAGAAUCAACAUUUCAAAUGAAUUUUGGUGCGCAGUUUGCUGUCCUACUCCUGGCGAUGCUAAGGUUCGUUUCAGAUGUUUGCGCGUUAACAUUGACCGACAGAGUGGACUGUAUUCCAGAACGCCGCAAAGUAAAAACUGAAAGCAUUUGCAAGAGAAGAGGUUGCGUGUGGCAGGCAGAUGACACUGUGUUAAAGGGUGCCCCAAGAUGCUAUUUUGAUUCUAGUCACGGAUACAACGCUAAUGGAGAUCUCACCGAAACGAAAUUAGGACAACACUUACGGCUGACAAAGAUUGGUUCCAAGACUUUGUUUGGCAAAGAUAUUCAGGAGAUUGAUUUCGAUGUAGAAUAUCAGACGAGAACUAGGCUUCGUUUUACGUUUUCAGACACGAAGAAGAAACGUUAUAGAGUUCCAAUGGACCUACCGAAAAUUUCAAAAACGCCAAGCGAGACUGACUAUUCUAAGGUAAAGGUUAUCAAGAAACCUUUUUCAUUCAAAAUUUCAAGGACAGAAAACAGCGAUUCUUCAAUCUGGGACUCUUCGCUGGGACCUCUGAUAUUCAGUGAUCAGUAUCUUCAAAUAUCAACACGACUCCCUUCAAAAUAUAUUUACGGAUUUGGUGAACAAGAACACGAGUCAUUCCUUCAUGAGCUUAAGUGGCAAAGGCUGGGAAUGUUCACUCGGGAUCAAUUUCCAUUCAACAAGGGUAGUUUAUAUGGCGUUCAUCCAUUUUACAUGUGUUUAGAAGAGAGUGGAAAGGCUCAUGGAGUGUUCCUCAUGAAUAGCAACGCCAUGGACGUUCAGUUGCAACCGAGUCCAGGUCUAACAUUUAGAACGAUUGGAGGAAUCUUGGAUUUCUAUAUUUUUAUGGGGCCAACACCUGAGGACGUGGUCCAGCAAUACACCGAGUUAAUUGGUCGGACAUUCAUGCCUCCAUACUGGUCUCUAGGAUUUCAACUCUCCCGUUGGGGAUACAACAGUUUAAAACGUGUAAAAGAAGUCGUGGAUAAGAUGGCUGAAUACGAUUUACCCCAGGAUGUUCAAUAUGGAGACAUUGAUUACAUGGAGCGCAAACUUGACUUUACCUACGACAGAAUUACGUAUGAUGGCUUGCCUGAUUUCGUGAAGUCGUUGCAAGAUGAUGGUAUGCAUUACAUUAUCAUUUUGGAUCCAGUCAUUAGUGUCAACGAGACGGAUAAGUACCCUCCAUACGAAAAGGGAAAUGCAAAAGAUGUGUGGAUUAAAAACAGCGACAAUAACACCCUACUUGGGAAGCUCUGGCCAGCCUAUCCCUUCGUGACAGAACACAAUACAAGUCUUCCAUGGGAUACCCAAAUAGAGCGGUAUAGCGCAUUUGGAGCCUACCCAGAUUUCUUCAAGUCCUCAACUCAAGAAUGGUGGAUAGAAGAAAUCAAAGAAUUUCAUAAAACAAUUCCGUUUGAUGGCAUAUGGAUUGAUAUGAACGAACCUUCUAAUUUUGUGAGAGGCUCAGUCGAUGGUUGUAAAAACAACAGCUAUAAUAUUCCUCCGUAUUUGCCAUGGUUAGACAAAGACGAAAUAAAAGACUUGCUGCGGAAAACAAUUUGCAUGGAUGCGAUUCAGGCGCUUGGCGGCGGCACCAUUCACUACAAUGUUCACAGUUUGUAUGGAUGGAGUCAAUCAAAACCUACCCAAAGGGCUGCUCGUGAAGCGACUGGCAAACGAAGUAUUGUAAUUUCUCGUUCCACGUUUGCUGGAGAUGGAAAGAAAACGGGACACUGGUUGGGGGACAACAAGAGUUCAUGGAAUCAAAUGCAUAAAUCUAUCAUUGGAAUGUUGGAGUUUAACUUAUUUGGCAUUCCUUAUAUUGGUGCCGACAUUUGUGGGUUUUUCGAUGACGCCACACCAGAAUUAUGCGCUAGGUGGAUGCAGUUGGGAGCCUUCUAUCCCUUCAGCCGAAACCAUAAUGCUUUAGGUAGACAGCCCCAAGACCCAGGGUCAUUUGGCAAAGAAUUCGCUGAUCUUGUUCGCCCUAUCAUGAAAACACGAUACAGCCUUUUGCCUUAUUUGUACACGCUAUUUUACCAAUCACACACUACAGGAGCCACAGUUGUACGCUCACUGAUGCACGAAUUCACGAACGAUAAAAAGACCUGGGCGAUUGACAAGCAAUUUUUAUGGGGCCCAGCACUUCUUGUCACUGCCGUUCUUGAAAAGACAAAGACGUCAGUACGUGGUUAUAUCCCUGAAGGGCGAUGGUAUGACUUCAAAACGGGUAAAGAGCAUGAUUCGUCUUCACGUUGGUCUGAGUUUGAUGCCCCACAUAACUCAAUUGUACUACACGUUAGAGGUGGUUACAUUCUUCCACUCCAAGAAACUGCUAACAACACGGUUUUCGGCCGCCGAAAGCCGAUGGAACUGCUUGUGGGGUUAAACGACGACCAGAAAGCAACGGGACAACUUUUUUGGGACGACGGAGAGUCAAUUGAUACAAUUGAAAGAAAGAAGUACUACAUUAUAGAAUUCGAAGUUGAUAAGAACAUACUGGUAACGAAGGUCACACAUCAUGGACAUGGUUGUAUGGAUUGUGCUCCACCAAACUUGAAAGUUAUUUCAAUCUUUGGAAUAAAAGGUUUCGUUACUCGCCUGACUGUCAACGGAGAGGAGCCGGGAGUUUUCUCUUUCAGUAGCAAAGAUCAGACGCUUCAUAUUCGUGAAAUAAAUUUGAACCUCGCUCAGAACAGCACAAUCCGAUGGAGUCUGAAAAAAAGCAGAGCCUCCGGUCUUUCGUCUGUUCACGUAGUUAUAUUUGUACUGCUUUUUGCUUUUGCGAUCCAGAUUUAGAACUAUAUUCACUAAUUGGUAAAGAUUACACGCAUUAGGCGGAUUUUUUAGUACACAAAACUGUUAGAACUGAAAGACGUAUAUUUCAACUACAUGGUAAUCUAGUAUAGAGGUAUAUAAGCCCCUUUUACACUAUAAUUAAUUCAUUGGUAUAUAUACGGUAGUAACAGUACGGUACUCGUACCCAA